CGGGGUAGAUCUCUUCUACAUACGACUCAAUAUGGCAACAAGCCGUCUAUCAUAUCUAUAGACAAUGGCAGUUAUAUUGGUCACUUCUCGCCCUCUUAGAACGGGCUUCCUCUGACUCUAUCAGAACUAGACUACGAAUGAAAGCUUAGGUUCGGCGUCAUGGAUCCCCUUAUUAGAAUUGCCAUCAUUGGUGGCGGCGUAGCAGGCGCUUCCCUAAUCCAUGCCCUCGUCAAGUUUUCCCACCUGGAUGUACACAUAUUCGAGUCCGCCGCUGAAUUCAAAGAAGCCGGCAUGGCUUUCGGUAUCGCCCGAAACGCGCAAGCUGCCCUCCAACUCAUCGGCCCGGAAGCUGCGCAAUGUCUCGAACGAGCCGGAGCCGUACCAAUGAGGGGCGUUCGAAUCAUGUUAGCUCAAGGAGAAUGGGCAGGGAGCAUAGCUGAUGAAAUUGAUGAGGCGGCUCAAGGAAAGCGUCUCACGAGCAUCGUUCAUCGUGCCAACUUUCUGCAAGAGCUACUCGCUGGUAUCCCCCAGGAUCAAAUGCAUGCCUCUAAGAAGCUCCAGAAAAUCGAUCAAAACGGUCCUAUUACACUCUACUUCGUUGACGGGACCACGCACGAAUGCGAUAUCUUGAUCGGUGCUGAUGGCAUCCACAGCACUGUUCGAAAACUCGUCCUUGGCGAGAACGAUCCGGCAGCCUAUCCACAAAAUAGUGGUGCUUGGUGUAUUAUGAUGCUCGAACCAUUCGACAAGGCCCAAGCUAUCUUAGGCAAAGAGCUCGUGGAUAUCGAGAAUGCUCGCGAAUAUGGAUGGGUUGGCCCCAACGCCUUUUUAAUGCAUAACAUAUUAAGCGACGGUCAGAUAGUGCAAUUUGUUAUAACUUCUAACGAUAGAGAAGUCGAGCCUGGGUCAUGGCAGCGCAAGGCGGGUGCCGACGAAAUCAAGAAGAUAUAUCAAGAUUUUCCACCUCUGCUUAACAAGGCUGUAAUCGAGAUACUUUGUAAUCAACCCGAACACAACGCCUUCUAUCUUUGGGAUCACCCAAAAGCUCACACUUAUGUUUCCGGACCCAUCUGUGUCACUGGCGACGCGGCUCACUCGACAACGCCGUGGCAAGGCUCUGGUGGUGGCAUGUCUAUCGAAGACAGCAUGAUUCUAUCCACCUUACUCGGACGCGCGAAAUCACCGGUUGAAGCCCUCACAGCCCUGAAGGUAUAUGACCAAGUUCGCCGCCCUCGCACACAACAGGUUGUCGAGUCGAGUCGGGUCACGGGUACUAUGUUGACAGGGGUCAAUGAGGAGACCGGGCUUGACAUCAAGAAAUUCAAAUCGUUUAUGUCUAGGUGGGACUUCAUUAUUGAUAUUGAUAUGGAGAAACACCGUGAUGAAGCCCUACAGAUGAUGGAAGCUGAGUUGAGGAAGAGUGUCGUGUAGUGGCAUUAUAGCCAUCCUCUGCUGCUUUUGUCGUAGAACUCACCCAUUAUAUACCUACUAGAUAUGGAGCUUAAGCUAUUUUGGGAAUUUUUAUAUAACAUGACAUAUAUAUAUUAGAAGUUUUGGUCCCUUUUCCCUA